UUGAGAUUGGCGCCUGGUGAGCUCUGCCCUGCCCCCUCCAUGCAGUUUCCCAUGGGCCCCGCCUGCAUCUUCUUAAGAAAAGGCAUCGCUGAGAAACAGCGGGAAAGACCACUGGGACCAGAUGAGAUUGAAGAGCUCCGGGAAGCAUUUCUUGAGUUUGACAAGGACCGAGAUGGGUUCAUCUCUUGUAAGGAUUUGGGGAAUCUCAUGAGGACAAUGGGUUACAUGCCCACGGAGAUGGAACUGAUUGAACUGGGCCAGCAAAUCCGCAUGAACUUGGGUGGCCGUGUAGAUUUUGACGAUUUUGUGGAGCUGAUGGCCCCCAAAUUGCUUGCAGAAACAGCUGGGAUGAUUGGUGUCCAGGAGAUGCGAGAUGCUUUCAAGGAAUUUGAUGCCAAUGGAGACGGGGAGAUCACCCUGGGAGAGCUGCAGCAGGCCAUGCAGAGGCUCCUGGGAGACAAGCUCACUCCCCAGGAGAUCUCCGAGGUUGUCCAGGAAGCCGACAUUAACGGAGACGGCACCGUCGACUUUGAAGAGUUUGUGAAGAUGAUGUCUCGUUGAGGAGGUUCUGGAAUCCCACGUCACUCUCCACCUGGUCAACGUGGAUCAAGCCCUAGCGGAGGACCACAUCCCCAUGGGCCCUCAAAGGAGAGAGGGUGGGAGACUGGCAUUGCAGCGCUAUGGAUUGAGGUUAGACUAGAAACGAUAGCUUUGGCUAUCGUAGGGGUUAGAUGGGGUAGGAGUUACAUCUCUGGAACUGGUUUAAGACGGAAGAGUCUGCGUGUGGAAAUGUGAACAGAACAGUCUAGUUGCCACUCCCCAAAUUCCAAAGACUAAUGACAUCUUUGGACUUCACGUCAUCCUAAAUCCCUAUAACCUGCCAGAGUCUCUUCCCGCAGUUCCUCUGGGUUAAAGUCGUCUUUUCCCCUGUUAGACUCAAAGAGUUCAGCACAGAGUCUACCAUUCCCCCUUCUUGCUUCAACUGCUUCAAAUCUCCUCAGUUUCUUUCUCUCAGUAGAAGGAGGCAUGUCAAUCAUGAGGCUAGAAACAGCGUUCUUGAUAAGACUGGGCAUGGAACUGGUUAAUUAAAGAGGCAUCCAAGUGAGAUUACCACCCCACCCCCACCCCUCCUUGUUUUCU